CUUUGGUGUGAGGUUAUAUUACUGACGACUUCCUGUUGCCAUUUGCGGCGUGGAUGGGAAUAAGGAAUAAUUUUUGUAUUAAUUUGUUUUUACCAUUUCGUUGUAUGUGGCAUUGACGAAGUUAUAAUGCCAAAAUACUAUUGUGAUUACUGUGAUACAUACCUUACACAUGACUCGCCUUCAGUAAGAAAAACACACUGCAAUGGCAGAAAACACAAAGAAAAUGUAAGAUUAUUCUACCAGAAAUGGCUGGAGGAACAGGUGCAGAAAUUGGUGGAUGAUACAACUGCAGCGUUCAAAGCUGGUAAGAUAGCGUCCAAUCCAUUCCAGUCGGGAGGGGGAGGUGCUGGAGGAGCCAUGGUCCCACCCCCAUCUGGUAACAAAACAUCCAAACCACAGAAUGCUCCAACAGCUGCCGGACCCCCUAUGGCAAGCCCUAUGGGGGGCCCAAUGGGUGGUCCAGUUCCCCUUAUGGGCCCCCCACACGGAGGUCCUAUGCCUCCUAUGAUGCCAGGUAUGCGACCACCCAUGGGACCUAUGAUGGGUCCGCCAAUGCAUCCUAUGGGAAUGGCCAUUCGACCCGGACCCUUAAUUCAGGGACCACCUCGCAAAUAAACAUUUUACUAUCAAACUCAUCAAGAGAGAAAGAUGCUUGCUCAUUUGUUAAAGAAGUGGAGGGAUAUUUGUUUCUAGUGUUUUAAGACAUUUUUGAAUAAUAAGGAUUUGCCAUUGGCUUUCGUUAUGAAAUAUCAGUACAAGUUUGAUAUAUCAAAUUAUCAUAUAUUUCAUUGACUGAAUAUCUUUGACUUGAUUAUUAUUUAAAUAUCAGUUGAGAAACUAGUUUCAGAAUUGAUCUGUAUUUCUAUAAAAAUGAUUAUAGCUGUUUAUGGUUGGAAUGAUGCAGAGCGAGAUGUGAAAAAGCCAGUGUGAAAGAGGUUGGAGAAUAAAUGUAAAGUACGAAAGGUUUCAUGAACUUAUCCAUUGUGAGAGAGAUUUUUAUUGGUUUGUGUAUUAAAAUAUUUGUGAUUCA